AGACAAAUAACCUUCCAGAUGCUUGACCAGAACCCACACAUUCAGAAGCGCAUGUCCUCUGAGAAAAGCUUCAUGACUGACCCUACUUUGGCUUCUUCCUAUGACAGUAAUUACUGGGACAAUCCUCGAAAUAAUGGAACUCGAGUUGUCAUUGGCAAUGAGACCAUAUAUUUGGGUGUAUAUUUUGGCUAUGAAUAUGCCAUAAUGAAAGAAGAUCUCACUAAAAGAGAGUUUAUCAAGGGUGGUGACAUCAUAUUUCUCUUCACCAUGCAAGAUAUCUCAGGGCUCCGUCAAAAGAACUCUCUACCCUGCCCUAAAGUGACAGUGAAGAACUUCAAGAUUUCAUUUGAUGCAGCAGUCAAGCAGGGACCGUGUGCUACAAGUGAUUGUCUGGGCAUAUUUUGCACUUCCAGUACUUCCUCUCUGAUCCUAUUGGUGGUUUGCUUCCGUUUGCUGGUAAAUGAAUCCUGAGAUUUUUCCAGCUCUAUGUCUGACUACAUGAAUUCAAUUUAAAAGCAACUGCAUCUGUCUUCAGCCUUCUGAUAUAUCAUACUGUUAAACCUAUAUUUUAAUCGAAUGAGAUGCUUACACAGAAUACAUGGUUAUCUGUAAUGAAGCAAAACGUUAAUUUUAGUCUACUGAUUUCCAUGAUAAACUAUAU